GUUUUGUUUAGGAUGCGCGUGCGUGUGUUAAUAGCUCUAUAAGGUCUCAGUAUUACACAACCUCACUGACCAUGAACAAGAUGAAGAAGAAGCUGCCUGAGCAGAUCCUGAAUCACAUCCUGGAGAUUCUCUACCUGCUGACGGGGGAGCUUGUGACUAACUCACUGACAGUGAGUGACAUGACUGGGGACAAGGUGACAACAGAGAGGAUACUGACCCACACCCUGCAGAUCAUGUACCUGCUGACAAGGGAGGUGCCUAUAAAGUUUGAUAAUGUUGCCAUGUAUUUCUCUAUGGAGGAGUGGGAGUAUAUAGAGGGACACAAGGAACUUUACAAGGACGUCAUGAUGGAGUCUCACCAAGCACUAAGGACUAUGGAGAUCCCAGGAAACAAUAACUCAGAACUAACAGGUCACAGUGAUGACAAUCUAGACACAGGAGCCCAUAGAGAACUUGUACAGAAUAUUCAGCCAGUGAAGACCCUAUCAGAUGUCUUUGCAGGUGAAAACAAUGCUAAUGUUUCGCAUAUUACAGAAGAAACAGAAAAUCAGUGGCUAAGAAAUGUGCCUGAAGCUCCACAUCUGAAAAUAUGUGGCAAUAUUAAUUCAGGUGAUUUUAAGACUGAAGUUACACUUAAUGCCGAACAAACAUAUGAUCUGUAUGUAAAGAGUCAACUGGAAGCUGUGAAGCAGGAAAUCAGUGACAAUAUCAGUGCAAGUGAAUUUACAGACUGCAAUAAUCCUGGUCAUGAUCAAAGUGCUGAUACUUCUUCAAAUCUUCUUCAAAAUCAAAGAAGCCAUAUGGGAAAUUUAUAUUCUGAAUGUGGGAAAAGUUUUACCAGAAAAUCACUUCUUAAUAGACAUCAGAAAAUUCAUACAGAUGAGAAAGUAUUUCCAUGUUCUGACUGUGGGAAAUGUUUUACUCGAAAAUCACAUCUCAUUACGCAUCAUAAAAUUCAUACAGGAGAGAAACCAUUUUCAUGUUCUGAAUGUGGGAAAUGUUUUAAUCAUAAAUCAAAUCUUAUUAUGCAUCAGAAAAUGCAUACAGGAGAGAAAGCAUUUUCAUGUUAUGACUGUGGUAAAUGUUUUACUUGGAAAUCAGAUCUUAUUAGACAUCAGAAAAUUCAUACUGGAGAGAAAGCAUUUUCAUGUUCUCACUGUGGGAAAUGUUUUACUCAGAAAUCAAAUCUUAUUAGGCAUCAGAUAAUUCAUACUGGGGAAAAAGCAUUUUCAUGUUCUGAAUGUGGGAAAUCUUUUACCCUAAAAAGACAUCUUGUUACUCAUCAAAAAAUUCAUUUUAAAGGAAAUCAGUUAAAUCAGAGCUUAACCUCUUUAGUGCAUAAGUGACAGUCAUUAUCCGCACAAUGUAUAUUGUACUUUAUUAUGACUACAUGUCAUUUUCUGGGGGCCCACUUUUGAAGCGGGUUUAGGCCCCUUCUGCACCUUGUAAGGUGGCCCUGGGGGAUUGGGUGUCCCUAUAUAGUUUUCAAUAGUCAAGUGAUUGCAUGGUAUAAAAAGUGUUUAUUUAAAUAGAGGUUCAUGGAAGGAAGCCCCUAUGUACAGAUCAAAGUUAUAGAAAAAUAUCCUAAGGCCCUUAGGAUAAAUUAUCCUUUGAGAAGUAGGUAUUGUUAAGGACAUUAUAGUCAGAUGAUCACUGAGGUGAAAGUUUCCCUAGCUGGAAUUUAAAUUGACUAGGUGUACAGGGUGAAGACCCUAUGUUAUCAUCAAAAUUGUAAGAGGCCUUCAAAAGGCCUUGCCUGGAUUAGGAUAGCGAUACUGAACCCGCUAUUCUCAAUUUCUGCUUUUUUUUAUUUUUAUAAAGGUUACCAAAUACUUUUUUAGAUCCACAAAGUUUUGACUAUAGAAUUAAGAAAAGAAAUAACACAUUAUUGUUUACAACUUUGUUUAUUGAAAUUGUAAUAAAAAAUAAUUUUGUUCAAA